AUGAGUAAGAAACAAAACUCUCUGUCUACAGCCGAGGCAGAAUACAUUGCAGCCGGUAGCUGCUGCACUCAAUUGCUUUGGAUGAAGCAAAUUUUGAGUGAUUAUGAGAUAAAUCGGGGCACCAUGACCGUGUUUUGUGAUAACACCGGCGCUAUCAACAUCUCCAAAAAUCCUAUUCAACAUUCUAGGACUAAACAUAUUGAUAUUCGUCAUCACUUCAUCCGUGAACUUGUUGAGUCCAAUGUGGUAUCCCUUGAACAUAUUGCUACAGAAAAUCAGCUUGCAGAUCUGUUCACUAAACCUUUAGAUGGUCUAAGAUUCGAGUCACUUAGGAAGGCUGUUGGCGUUUGUGAGAAUAUACUUGUUAGCAGUGAUUGGCAUGCCCCUUCUCCCAAAAUUAAGUUAUAUGUUAUUGCUCGACUUGAUCUUAAUGUGAUUCCCUUCAGCAUUUGUGACAAAAAGGAGGAGAGAAAAUUUUUGAUGUUUGGUGACGUUAAUGUUUCUGUUGGUGUUUUAAUUGACAUUAAUAAAGGGACAAAGGCAUCAGCUACUGGGCGAGAUUUAGUAGGCUACCAAGUUGAAUUUAAUACAUACAUAUACACCCACAGAAAAUCGAAAGUGGAGGCUGUUGGAGGAAAUAAAAAAACAGAACUUGCUCUUCGCACGACCAUGGAGAAAAUGAUUUCGAUUAUCAUCUUCUUGUUGUGCAUUUCUUCAGUGAAUUCAAAUUCUCCAAUUGCUCCUGCAUUGUAUGUUUUUGGAGAUUCUUUGUUUGACAGUGGAAAUAAUAAUCUUUUACUAACUCUAGGCAAGGCCAAUUAUCCACCCUACGGUGUGAAUUUUGAUGGAGGAGCCACCGGAAGAUUUACGGACGGGAAAACUAUUCCUGAUUUAAUUGCUGAAUUUCUUGGAUUGCCAUAUUCACUGCCAUACUUCAGUUUAAGAGGAUCACCAGAGUUGACAGGAUUGAAUUAUGCAUCUGCUACUUGUGGCAUUCUUCCUGAGACUGGAAAAUCCAGAGGAAUAUGCUUAAAUUUCGAUGAGCAGAUUGACUUGUUCAACCUUACCGUUGAAUUGGAACUGUUCAAACACUACAAAGCCUCUUCCAAAGUUUCAGAUUAUUUGUCAAAAUCAUUGUUUAUUAUUACUAUUGGCAGCAAUGACUACCUCAACUAUGCUCAACCACAGUUAUUCUAUGCAAAGCGACGUUACGAUCCUCAAUCUUUUGCCAAACUUCUCAUAGACAAAUAUAUAUAUAUAUUUGAAAAACUAUACAAAAUAGGAGCAAGAAAGAUAAUAAUGUUUGAAAUUGGCCCCAUAGGGUGCAUCUCAUCAGUUACAAGGAAAAUUAAUCACAGUGGAAAAUGCGUGAAGAAGAUUAACCAGCUUGCAGUAACCUUUAACAACCAGCUUGCCACCUUGCUUAGGAGUUUGACAUCAACCCUGCAAGGUUCGGAAUUUAUACUUGGUCAAGUUUAUUGGCUUGGAUAUGAUGCCAUCAUAAAUCCCUCUAAUUAUGGUUUAGAAGACUCUACUAAUCCGUGCUGCACUACAUGGGCUAAUGGGACGUCAGCCUGCAUUCCAGGACUGCCGGCAUGCCAUGAUCCAGACAAACACUACUUCUGGGAUGGUUAUCAUCUUACACAAGCUGUAUAUAAGGUUAUUGGCACCCGUUGUAUCAAUGGUACUAAUUGUGUUCCUAAAAACAUAAAAGACCUCCAGCGUCACCAAGUUAAUAUUAAAUAUGCUGUCACCGGCAUUGUUUUAGUUUGA